AUGGAAACAACUCCAAUGGCUUCGCCGCCGUGGGAAAAACUGCCGCCAGAGAUAGCGGCGGCGAUAUUGCACAAGUUGGGGGCAGUGGAGAUACUAACGACGGCGCAGAAAGUGUGUCCAACGUGGCGGCGCGUGAGCCUGGAACCUUCAAUGUGGCGGUGCAUUAAGAUGGAACAUUCACGCGCUACUGGUAGGUUAUACGACUUAAAGAAAAUGUGCCGCCAUGCAGUGGAUCUCAGCCGAGGCCAAUUAACUGAUAUCACUAUUCACAGUUUUUGUACCAAUGAUUUGCUUCUCUACAUUUCUCAGAGGUCUAUUCAGCUCAGCCGUCUUUGUCUUCAGGAUUGCCAUGACAUAGGUGGCGAUGCUCUGACAGCAGCACUCAAAAACUUGCCUCUGUUGGAGGAGUUACAUCUACAGAACUCAUCUUUCGAUGUUAAAGCUAUAGAGACAGUUGGUCGAUAUUGCCCGCUAUUGAAGUCGUUUAAAUUGAAUUCUGACGUGUUCGAUCCGGAAGAAGCUUGUGACCUGGAGGCGCUAGCGAUUGCGGAAAAUAUGCAUGGUUUGCGCCACCUUGAACUAUAUGGUAACAAGAUGACAAACGUGGGAUUGAAGGCAAUUCUCGAAGGUUGUCCGAAUCUUGAAUCACUUGAUCUGAGACGUAGUAUUAAUGUUGAUCUUGUUGGAGACUUAGAAAGAUUGUGUUUGCAGAGGAUUAAAGAUCUUAAGCUUCCUCACAACUAUACGCGGAGAUACCCGUGGGAUACCCACUAUGAUAUGUUCUGUAUUUGGGCCGAUGUUUCUGAUUCCGAAGAUGAUUUUUUUGCUGAUGGUGAUUCUGCUUCUGAUUGUGAUGAUGAUGUUUUUGUUUAUUUAAGGUAG